AUGAUUAUAAAAUUUACAAAAUUGGAAUGUCAAGCUUACGACAAAAGUUUUGCUGAGUUUAAAAUGUGUCAGUUGAAAGUAAUUGGAAGGGAUAAGAUUGCACUUAAUAUUCAUGCAAAUUUGCAUGAGAAACCUUUAAACAACAUAACGUUGAGUGCCCAACUAUUUCGCAAGAGUAAUGACUUUCGACCAUUUCUGUAUAACGACACUUUUGAUUUUUGCCUAUUUAUGAAGAAUUCUAAUCGAUUUUUAUUCUGGAAAACUUUAGUGCAAGAUUUAUCGCACCACAGUAACAUCAAUCACACCUGUCCCUAUGAUCAUGACAUCAUCGUUAAUAAUAUGGUACUGGAAGAGGGCAUAUUAAAGCAUUUACCAUUUCCCUCUAACGACUAUAUGAUUCAAUUAAAAUUUUGGUCUUUUAAUGAUUUAAAAGCCCGAGUGAAAAUCUACAUUGUCAUCGUUGAAUAA